ACUGUAUAAUAAAGUGAGAAUCAGUCUGUCGUGUUCACACAGGGGCUGUGGUCCCCCAUGUGCUGCAGAGUUCUGCCCCCUGCUGGCAGGUGUGAGUAUCCGCUCAGCAGCUUCACUAGCUUCAGUUCACACACAUGCUAACUCCUGAGCUGCUGGAACGCUGCUAAACGAUGAACCGUCACAGCCAUGUCCCGUUCGGUUCCUCCGCGGCUCCUCCAGCUGCUGCCCCUCCACCUCCCAAACACAAGCCCGGAAGAAUACCCAAAGACUUCAUGGAGGCUAUGAAACGUCUCCCGGUGAAGGUAGCAGACAAUUCCAACAUAAGGCCGCCGUCCAUCGAGGCUGCUGAGCCACAACCCACCAAGAAGAGAGCAGGAAAACCUUCUGGCUUCAAAUGGAAGUCUUCAUUCACACCAUUAGGAGGUGAAGAAGGAGAAGAAGAAAAAGAAGAGGAAGAAAAAGAAGAAGAAGAGGAGUACUCUCCAGACAAAAGCACAACCAAUUCAGAAAUGGUUGAGCUCUACGACCCGUAUGAACCUGGCUUGUCAGACUCUGAAUUCGAGUUGGCACAGAGCAAAGCUCAACAUCACUCCUCACUCGAUCAGGAGAACAACACGGAAAGCCAACGUUUGUCUCCAGGUAGCGGCUGCCGGGACAAAGGCCGCUGGGACUCACCCUACCCUAAGCCGGGGAACCAACUCUUUGACAGACCUGACUUAAGACAUGAGUUCAUACCCGAUGAAGGUACUGAAAAUGAAAGUCUCGGUUCUCGCCCACUGCCUGAGCGAGAAGCUUAUAGCCCGCACAGAGAACCAUUUGACCAACAGGAGUAUGACUCCAGAAGCCGUCCCCUGGACCACAGGGUGCGCAGCCCUGAGAGGAUCGUUGCCAGAUCCUCCAGCCAAGAGUUCACUGCAUCUUACCGAGGACAGGAGACCAAUGGGGAGGAGAGGAUGAGAAUGCCAGAACACAGGAGAGAGAUGACCACUACUGUCAGAUUAUCCCCUCCCAAGUUACGGCAAAAUUCUAGACAUCAUUCGGGGAAUAUGGAAAAAGAUCUGGAACCAAACAUGGCUGCCAAAGAAAGGACAAGAAACAGGACCAAAAUGGUUAUAACGGACAAGGAUCCCAUCACCUGUGACCUUUGUGAUGUGACGCUAGGCAAUGGGCAGGAGCUGGAGGCUCACCUGGACAGCAGAGGCCACUGGGACACACUGGAGUACAUUCAACAGAAUAAUAAUUACGAUGAUCUGGAGAUAGCUUUCCUGCAGGACGUCAUGCUGUACAAAAGCCGCCAGUGUAGCCGAGCCAUAGAGCAAAGCGCUGUUUUUGCUCUGCAGGAGAACGACCACAUGGCAAAGUUGGAAAUGUUCCACUGUGCAGCCUGCGACGUCUACGUAUCCACAUCUGCGUCCUCGGUGCAGACCCACAUUACCUCUAUGGACCACCUCUCCAACAUAAAGGAGUUUGAAGUGCACCAGAGACGGACUUGCCUCGACAAAGCCGUAACUAUAAUGAAUAAGCUGAAGCCUCAGUUUGAACACUUCGUAAAGGGUGACAACCUGUUUUAAUGACCGCGUCUUCAAAAAUCCUGGAAACAUAGGCGGUUCACUUCAGAUGGAGAGAAAUGGACUUCAAUUAAUUCUCCCCUCAGCAUUUUGCUCAGAGAACUCGGUUCAUGUUCUGGAUGAUGUUUUUCACACGUUAUUUCAUAUUUUGUACAUGUUAAAUACAAAACUCCAAUCAUCACCAUGUGGUAACUUCAAAUUUACACAACCGUUUAUCGUUUCAGUGCAACAAAAAAAAAGGUAGACAGUCAA